AUGAAUUCAAUUCAGAAGAAGCGGAAGUCGACAAAUCAGUUGGAUACAGGGUGCGAAGCACCACCAUCAAAUAAAAAAGAAAGACCUUGGUAUGAUAACCAUGAGAAUGUAAUUGCUCCACCUCCUGAAAAAGAGAGAAGAAAAAGCUUGAUUGGUGGAUUUUUGAAGAAAUUAAGGAGCUCUUCAGCUCUUAAGGAUCGUAAUAAAGCUCAGUCUACUUCGAAAUUAUCAAGCUUCUUUGUCCCGGAAGCACAAGGGUCAGAUGUAUCUUGUCUCAGUGAAUCUAGCCAAGAUUCUGUAGAGAACUUGCCUCUUCCUUUCCACAAAAAUACUGAUCUUCUUCGCUUUGUUGAAAACUCUGAGAGAGAGCCGAGUGAGGUUUUUUCGAUGACUAACACUUCUGCUUCUUCAUUUGAUUCACGUAUGUCGUAUGAUGCGGUCUCUCUGUUAGCCACUCCUGCAAGGGGUGAGUUCAAUAGAGGACACAUCAGAUCCAGUUCACGAAGCAUGCCAGGAGAAUCUGAUCUUGUGAAUAGUUUAUGCAAUAGCGCUAUUCGACGUGCUGCAUCCUCGCUAUCUGACUCUCUCACAUCACCGAGUGGAUUCUUACGGCGAAGAUCCAUGAGACUCAUGCAUAAGAUGUCAGGAAGUAUGGCAGAUUUACCAGAAGAAAAAGACAUUGAUGAGUCGCCCCAUAACUCGGCCAACCAUACUAGCUGUACCACACCUUCCACUCCCAUUCUUGACAAAUCAAUGAUGCCUCCACCAUCUUCAAAGAGAAGCAGUACAAGAAAAUGGCUUAGUAGUUCUAAAUCAAAGGUUUUUGGUGGGGCUCGGCGCCGGUCGUCUUUGACUACCCCAACACCAAACAUAGAUUGUGUAUUAGCAACCCCUAACGGUAAUGAUGGAACUCCUGUUCGUCCAACUGUUACUUUACGUCGAACUACGCCGAGUUCUUCUAGUAUCCAGAAAAGAGUGUCUUCAGUACUCGGUUUUGUUUUGGAUCGGAGAGUUUCCGGAAGUAACCUCAGUGAGGUAGCGGGCAGUCAUAAUUUGAAACGAACGAAAACUGACACUGGGAAAGAGCGUCCAUCUAUACCUAGAGAUCGUCGUCAUAGUAAUAUUGAUACAAUGUCAAAUACUAGCAGUAUAGCUGAUAUAUCAUUUAAUACUAGUCGAAUAGGAAAAAUUAGGGAAGAAAAAUAUGCUAGACUUUUCUUGGAAAAAGUUGAUGUCUCAGAUUCUUCCGUAAUGGAUUUGCUUGAGAGUGAAGGCUUCGAUGCCAUCGUCGUUGACUGUAUAAUGGGCAGACCAGUCUCUGAAGCCGCAAAAUACUUACUAAAAAACGAAGAGGAUAUCAGAACAGAGUUGGCCACGCGAACAAGAAUCAACCCUGAUUUCGCAGCAGUUUAUCGACGAAUGGGAAAAUCAAGUUUGAUUGUGGUGAAUAGAAUGGAUCAGUGCUAUUCUGAGGAUUCGGGCCUCGAUCGUAUGGUUCGAAAUGGUAUUGGUUGUGGUUUGAAAGAAGCAUUUGCCGAUCCUACCAUCAGAACAGUGUUAUUGUAUCCUAUGUUCUGUCGAUCAGCUAAAGAAUGGGACAGCGGAAUAUCUUGCAUUGGAGCAAUGCUACAAAUAAUAGAGAAAGCGAUAUCUUGGAAUACCAUGACCGAUGAAUUUCAAAAAGCAACAUUGGCUGGAGUAACAGCAGAAAACAGCAGCAAGAUACGAGAGAGUUUUGUGAAGUUUCAAGAGGAAAAAAUAAAUCCCAAACUGAAUGAUACACAGAACGAGAGUGCCAUAUUUCCUAUAACUGAAGCUCAUGUCUGA